AGAAUUAAUUUAAUACAAGGUUUUUAAAAAUAGGGCUCAAGGAACAAUGAAAAAGUAGGACACCCUUAAAUAAACCUGGACAGACCAUUUAAAUUGUUAGCUGAAAAUAAUGAACCAUAUGUUAAAAAAAGUUGCCUCAUUUUCAUUUUGAACAAGCUGAAUUUUAUAAAAGCUCAAGUAUGGACUAGUUUUAAGCACAGAAAUUAAGUGCGUUUUUAGCAACAAAAUCACCAUGUCGAAAAUAAGUCUGUUUAUUGCUUUAAUUUGCCUCUUUGUGGCCGUUCAGGCCCAAAAUGACAGGGAGAUUUGCAGAAAUGUUAACCGCAGAUGUGAGUCGCGAAUUGAUACAAAUGGAAGGAGCAACGAUGUUUCAGAUAUUUACAACAACCAGUGUCGUCGAUUCGACAGGAACUGGUCCAAUAUAUCCCGAUGCCAACUAGCUUGGGCCACUUGUCAAUUAACCAUUGAGCGAUGUGACACAUUGAGCUGUGCAAAUGUGAGGCGAGUACUUGACCGACGACCCAUCGAGUAAAACUCAUAGAUUGGACUAAACGAUCUUUCGGAAAAAAGGUUUAAUUGAUUCACCUGCCAAUUAAUAAAAAUUGCAAUGCUCUGUAACUUAA